CGUUAAAAACCAGAACCAAGUGCUUUCAGAAAACAGCACCUUAGCUUGUAUUCCAAAUUAAUUGGAGCUUCAUUUGUCUAAGGUAUCAGAACCAGAUAACAUACACAAAGAUGCAGCCUCCCGUCAAAAAUGGUUUCAACGUGUUUUUGGGCAACUCGACGGAGUGGCGCCUUUCGAAUGGGCCGGCUUACUUGAACUCGCCGCCGGCAUACAUAGAACCUGAAUCAGUCACCUUGGAUCCUUCUCGAGCUUUCUUGAAGGAUGUCAAGCGCCUCAUCGUUAAGAGACUUGGAGCUCUUUGUGAGCAGCUUAAAGAAUUAAAUUCUAGGGGAUAUGAGGUUAUAUUAGUGACUUCAGGUGCUGUCGGCCUUGGACGUCAAAGACUAAGAUAUCGCAGAUUGGCCAAUAGCAGUUUUUCGGAUCUUCAAAAGCCACAAGGUGAAUUCGAUGGAAAAGCAUGUGCAGCCGUUGGGCAGAGUAGUCUUAUGGCUCUCUAUGAUACCAUGUUCAGCCAGCUUGAUGUGACUUCAUCCCAACUUCUUGUGAAUGAUGGCUUCUUUAGGGAUGCAGGUUUCAGAAAACAACUUUCAGACACUGUGCACUCACUAUUGAAUUUAAGAGUUAUCCCCAUUUUCAAUGAAAAUGAUGCUGUUAGUACUAGGAAGGCACCAUAUGAGGACUCAUCUGGUAUAUUCUGGGACAAUGACAGUUUGGCUGGUUUAUUAGCAUUGGAACUAAAGGCUGAUCUUCUUGUUCUGUUGAGUGAUGUUGAAGGCCUUUAUAGUGGCCCUCCAUCUGACCCAAACUCAAAGCUAAUUGAUACAUAUGUGAAAGAAAAGCAUCAAAAGGAAAUCACUUUUGGAGACAAAUCAAGAUUGGGGAGAGGGGGUAUGACUGCCAAAGUUAAUGCUGCUGUUUGUGCUGCUUAUGCUGGCACCCCGGUCAUCAUUACUAGUGGCUAUGCAACAGACAACAUCAUAAGAGUACUCCAAGGAGAUAGAAUUGGCACUGUUUUCCACAAAGAUGCACAUCUGUGGGCCCACAUAAAGCAAGUGAGUGCACGUGAGAUGGCAAUUUCAGCACGUGAUUGUUCAAGACGACUUCAAUCUUUAAACUCUGAAGAAAGGAGGAAGAUAUUGCUAGCAGUGGCAGAUGCACUAGAGAACAAUCUAAGCUUGAUAAUGGAAGAGAAUGGAGUUGAUAUUGCUGAUGCAGAGCUUGCUGGAUUGGAAAAAUCACUCAUCUCUCGUUUGGCCCUCAAGCCUGAGAAGAUUGCUGGGCUUGUGAAAUCUGUUCGAAUGUUGGCAGACAUGAAGGAACCUAUUGGUCAGAUUUUAAAGAGAAUUGAGCUAGCAGAUAAACUCACACUGGAGCGAAUAUCGUGUCCUUUGGGUGUUGUCCUAGUUAUUUUUGAGUCACGACCAGAUGCCCUUGUCCAGAUUGCUGCUUUGGCAGUUCGAAGUGGAAAUGGUUUAUUGCUUAAAGGUGGAAAGGAAGCCAAAAGAUCAAAUGCUGCCUUACACAAGGUUAUUACUUCAGCUAUUCCAGAAAAAGUUGGUGACAAACUUAUAGGACUUGUGACUUCAAGGGAAGAGAUCCCAGAUUUGCUUAAGCUUGAUGAUGUGAUAGAUCUUGUUGUCCCCAGAGGCAGUAACAAGCUUGUUUCUCAAAUCAAGGAAUCAACAAAGAUUCCUGUCCUCGGUCAUUCUGAUGGAAUUUGUCAUGUGUAUGUUGACAAAGCUGCUAAUAUUGAUAUGGCGAAGCAGAUUGUUAAGGAUGCAAAGAUUGAUUAUCCUGCAGCUUGCAAUGCAAUGGAAACCCUUCUUGUACACAAGGAUCUGUCAGAAACUGGUGGACUUAAUCAACUUGUUGCUGAACUCACAAAAGAAGGUGUUGAACUAUAUGGUGGACCAAGAGCAAGUGGCUUAUUGAACAUUACUAAAACAAGUUCUUUCCAUAAGGAGUAUAGCUCACCAGCAUGCACAGUUGAAAUUGUUGAUGAUGUAUCUGCUGCCAUUGAUCACAUACAUCAAUAUGGAAGUUCUCAUACUGAAUGCAUUGUUACAGAAGACCCUGAAGUUGCUGAAACUUUCUUACGUCGAGUUGAUAGUGCUGCUGUAUUCCACAAUGCAAGUACAAGGUUCUGUGAUGGAGCACGCUUUGGUCUUGGAGCAGAGGUUGGAAUAAGCACCAGCAGAAUUCAUGCUCGAGGCCCUGUAGGAGUUGAGGGGUUAUUAACUAGUAAAUGGAUAUUGAGAGGGAGUGGGCAAGUGGUAGACGGUGAUCGAGGGGUCACUUACACUCACAAGGAACUUCCAAUCAUAGCAUGAUUAUAUAUCUCUAAAACAAAAGGAUAGUUUUGAAGCUAAAUAUAUAUUGGCUAUGUAUUAUUAUUAUUAUUAUUAUUAUUAUUAUUAUUAUUAUUAUUAUUAUUAUUAUUAUCCUCAAUCCAGCAGCUUUUAUCUGUUGUAUUUAAAUAUACAGAAGUUGCUGUGAUGCUAGCUAGCAGUGUACAACCUUAUCACAAUUUACUUCCACUUUUUCCUUUUCCUUUUUUUUCUUUGUAUGAACGAUAUUGUUUAACUAUGUUGAUCUUUGAUGAAAUGUUACUAGUUACUAGAGACUGUGAUACUACAA